GCGCACGCGCGCACGGAGGGGGCGACGGCCGCGGUGACGCUGCUGCGGCGGGCGGGCGGCGGCGCGUGAGGCGCGCGAUUCCCCGUGUCUUGGGAGCAGUGUCCCGGCCCCCGCCGCUCCCGCUGCCGCCAUGUCGGGCCGGUCGGUCCGGGCCGAGACCCGCAGUCGGGCCAAGGACGACAUCAAGAAGGUGAUGGCGGCCAUCGAGAAAGUGCGGAAAUGGGAGAAAAAGUGGGUGACAGUGGGUGACACGUCCCUUAGGAUAUUUAAGUGGGUUCCUGUGACAGACAGCAAGGAGAAAGAAAAGUCAAAAUCGAACAGUUCAGCAGCCCGGGAACCUAAUGGCUUUCCCUCUGAUGCCUCAGCCAAUUCCUCUCUUCUUCUUGAAUUCCAGGAUGAAAACAGCAACCAGAGUUCGGUGUCCGAUGUCUAUCAACUCAAGGUGGAUAGCAGCACCAACUCGAGCCCCAGCCCCCAGCAGAGUGAGUCCCUGAGCCCAGCACACACCUCUGACUUCCGCACAGACGACUCCCAGCCCCCGACGCUGGGCCAGGAGAUCCUCGAGGAGCCCUCCCUGCCUGCCUCAGAAGUCGCUGAUGAACCUCCCACCCUCACGAAGGAAGAACCAGUUCCACUAGAGACACAGGUUGCGGAGGAAGAGGAAGACUCCGGUGCCCCGCCCCUGAAACGCUUCUGCGGGGACCAGCCCACAGCGCCGCAGACAGCAUCAGAUAGCUAGCACCAUCCGGGCACGCUCCGCCUCCUGGCCCCCUGCCUCUAUUUAUUGCGUUCUGGUUCUGGCCGUGCUUUGUUGCUGGGGUAAGGGCAAGCACUGGGGUCCAGAGCCUGCACAUAGGAGCCUUCAGGGCUGGAAGGUGGGACUUGGGGUUAUAGCAUCAUCUUCCCGUCCCUGGCACCUGUGUCCUCUUGCUCCUGAGAAGAGGAGCACUCAUGUCUUCUUUGCACCCCAAGCAGGCUGGAACGUCAGCCAUCCCAAGGUCCAUCUGUCACCUCCAGGUAGCAAGCAGUCUCUGCUCCAGGACCUCUGGACUGAGCUGCUGGUGCUUCUACAGGAGGAAAGAGAUGUGGAAGGUGCCCUCUAGAGAAGAGAGUGCCUAGGUUACUUGAACUUGAGUGGAGACUGUACUUUCAUGAACUUUCCCAUUCGGCUAGGGGCCUGUAAGCUGCCAUUGGAGAAGGCCUGGUAGAGACUUUGGAGGAAAGGGACGGGCUCUACACGAGGGCAGGAAAGUCUGUAUAAGUUUCCUGCUGUCCUGGCACUUCUGCCCGUUCCUGAGUUGUCCUGCCUCUCAUGGGCUCUCCAGCUGCUGACAGUCCUUUGUGCCCUGCUGUAACCAUCCUCUACCCCCAACACACACCGAGCUUUCCCCGGUUCUCACCUGUACAUUGCAUUCCAGCAUCCCCUGCUCCUGCUGCGGUCCCCCGCCUCCUGCCACAGACUCUGCCCCAGCGAGGAUUUGAGGUUCUGAGAACAGUACCCAUCCCCCCCCAACAGUACUCCUUCAGCUCAGACUUUCUAGAAAGUUCCCUCUUCUUUGAAAUUUGCAUGUUUAAUUGAACUUUGUGAUUUUAUUUUUUGUUCAAAAAAGUUUAAGAAAAUGGAAAUGGGCAACAGUGAGUGAAGACAUAUUUUAGCACUGAAUAGAAUAUUUUUAAAAUUAAACUAUUUGAAAUAUG